AUGGGGGCUCUGCUGCUGUAUCUGCACCUCUGCCUGCUCCCGCUACUGCUGCUCUUCUCCUCCCCAGUGCACGCAAUUGAAGCGACCCCCCAAGCUGCCGAUGCCGACGCCGUGGUCAAAGCCGACACCUCCAUAGCCAUUCGGCUGGACGCCAACCUGUACAUCCCGGACGGCGGGGAGCUGCUCAUGAGCAUCCAAGUGCCCCACGAGCCCAUCCAGAUCGUGCCCAAGGGCCCCGCGAAGGUCGCUCGAGUGUACUCCGACCACGCAGACGGCAAGUUCGGCGUCGGGGAGGUGAUCAACAUCUUCGUGCAGUUCACGAGCCCCGUCAAGCUUUCGGGCCCCGGGACCCCUUACCUCGUGCUGAGGACGGGGUGCCACUCGACCUCGUGCCAUGUCAAGGAGAUCCAGCGACUGCGCUGCAUGGCAACAAAAGGGAAAUUCUCCGUGGGCUUCGGGACCCAAAAUGUGGGCAACAUCCCGUGGGAUGCCACGGCCAAAGUGUUCGCCGCCUAUUUGCGAAGAAUGAACCGCAUCGACAAAGUGAGCGUCAAGUACAGCAUCGACGAGGACCGCGCGUGCACGUUCUUCGGCAACAAUAUCACCAUUACAUUCGACUCGAUGAAUAUUGCAGGAACGGACGGAGAUCUAGUGGAGUUGACGGGGGACGCCACCAAUGCGGCGGGCGACGGCGUCGUGCUCGAACACUUCAUGUACUCGCCCCUCGUGACGCCCACGGCCUGGGAGAUCCGCAAGGGCGUGCUCGUACCCGAUCGUAAGGCGAAUUUUGUAUCGCAGACUGCCCCCGGCACGCUUAAAUUUGAGUACACGGUGCAGACUGGGGACAACACGACGCGACUGGACUACGCCAACAGUGACUCAUUAGCGCUGUCGCUUCGGACGUUCGGUGGUGUACGGAUUGUCAACGAUGAUGGUACAAAUACCCAGACAAAUACAAUUUUGCCUCCGCCAGGUUUUGGCGGCGACUGGGAGCGAGGGAUUGGUACGAGUUUGUCGAAUAACAGCGCGCUGCAGAUUGACGUGACUCCUCCGUACGUGAAGACCGUGACUUCACCACAUGAAGACGGGACGUUUGGUAUUGGCGAAGAAAUUUUAGUGCAUGUCCAUUUCUCGCAGCCGAUUGUGGUCACUGGAUUGCCGACAGUUGUGCUGGAGACUGGAGCAGUGGAUCGUAUUAUUCCGUUUAAUCAAGUCGUGAUGCCGGCUGGAAAAAUUGCCGAGUUCAAGUACAUCGUGCAGUCGAUGGAUACAACCCCCGAUCUCACGUACACCGGCACUACCGCGUUGCAGCUCAACGGUGGAUCGAUCAAAAGACAGUCGACGACACCGACUACGAACGCCGUGUUGACCCUCCCCGCCAACGGAGAGACUGGGAGCUUGUCCGUCAACAAAAAUAUGGUGAUCGAUACGUCGAAUCCGAAGAUUUUAAGUGUAACUACAACAGCGAAGGGCGGGACGUACACUGCAGGAGAUUCGAUCCCAAUCAUCGUCACGUUUGACACGCCCGUGGAGGUGACAGGGACCCCGGUACUGCUACUGAGUACCGGAAGUGUGGAUCUAUUCCCCGGACAGUAUCUCCUGGAAGCACCAACCCUUACAUCCAACUACACAGUCGUCUUCCCGUCGUUCAAACUGGGUCUCUCGACAGCGCCAAGCAAGGGAUUGCAGUUUAAAAUUGGUGGCCAGAUCUUGACUGUGGACUCGGUGUCGGGUGAUGAAGUGACGAUGGUGGAAAAGUACACUGGUACAGUGGUCGACCCCGGGAAUCUGGUGAACAGGGCGAAUAUCCCGAUCUUCACGCCUGGAUAUCGACCUGCUAGGUACACGAGUGGGAGCAGGACAAAGGUGCUCGUCUUCACGUACGUGGUUCAAAUCGGAGAUGUGUCAGCUCGCCUGGAUUACGUCUCAACGUCGGCUCUGCAGGUGGGCACAGGAUCGAUCAAGCGACUUUCCACGACCUCAUUUACGAAUGCUGACCUAACGCUUAGUGCGCCUGGAGCUACUGGCAGUCUCGGUAAAGCUUCAUCGAUAGUUAUCAACACGGACGCUCCUCAAGUUCUCCAGGUGAAUACGAUCACUCGAGACGGAGUGUACAGGGCCGGCGACGAUCUAUACUUUGAAGUGGUCUUCAGUCUGCCUGUUGUUGUCUCGCCCAUAGCUUCAGUGCUGACAAAUGUCGCCAGCGCUUCAGUGGAGGGAGUUGCAGUUUAUUCCGAAGGAAGUGGCUCAACUUCGCUAAAAUUCAGGUUCGAUUGCCUCGAGGACGACCAAGUUGCAGUGUUUGACUACGCCAACCCGAAAUCCCUGCGAGCAUCGUACGGGUCAGUGCUGGGGUGGAUUCGAAGGAAAUCUGCGUCCCCCAUGCUGCCGGCAGUGCUGGAUUUACCAGUAGCUGGGCUUUCAUCCAAGGGGAUCUCUAUCAACCAAGGGUGCGAGGCAGUGCAAGACGUGUCAACUUCGCACGAAGAGGGGACGUAUGGAGUCGGAGAAUCGAUCGACCUCUUAGUGAUGUACUCUGCCAGCGUGAAUGUGGACGUCACUGGGGGAAUACCGACGCUCAUCACCACUACAGGCAACCGCGCAGUCUACCAGUCUGGAAGUGGAACCAAGACGCUUGUCUUCACUUACAUUGUCCAGCAGUCCGACACUUCCGGUCAGGUGGUGUACCCUGAUCGAUACUCGCUCAAAUCCAACGGCGCUGUCAUCAAGGGCGUAGCUAGCUCUGCGUUGUCAUCGACGCUAUUACCUCGUCCUGUGGUGAGCAAACUCAAGACAAAAGACGCGCUAUUUGUACAGACCUCCCCUCCUGUCGCGGUGGACGUAUCGACACGAGCUCAAGACCAAGUCAUCACGGUUGGAGAUACCAUUGUGCUUUCUGUGACUUUCAACUUCCCGGUCAGUGUUCCUGCUCUGUCAGUUGAUGCGGGAGUACCAACAUUGAUGCUGAACGUCGGGACAGGCAGUGGCGUCCCCGCGUCCUACGUUGCGGUGGAAGACUACGCAGUGUACUUCUCGUACACAGUAGCAGCUGGGCAGUCUGCCAGCAAACUCUCGUAUUUCGGCAGAACAGCGUUAAAGUGCUUAGGGGGCAACGGGUUCAACAAAGACUCAGCACAGAACGCGGGGCCUCCGAGCGCCAUCGAAUUUAAGAAUCGAUUGGUGUCAACCUGGGCUGAAAUGUCUUCGACCACGAAUACCCGACAAAUUCGCGUGAAGUCCUUGGACGUGACGCAAUUUCCUCCGCUUUCGAGCUUUGAGGACGGCGGAGGGGCAUCUUCUAUCGUCAAUUUUGCAUCGAAUAUGGACGCAAGCGCCCCCGAGUUGGUGGUCUUUUCCUCCAAGCUGUAUCUGUUUUGGGUCGAAGCCACCGCUGCGACUAACAAGCCGACGCAGAUCCGUGUAGCUGUACUGGCCUCCCAGUCCACCCAGAACUCCCCCGCCCAAUGGAGCUUCGUCGAUGCUCAGCCUGCUGGUAGCUCGGGGAUCAAUAAAGUAUCCACAGCCAGCGCAGCAGGACCCCAUGCAGUUGUCCACAGCUCGAAGCUGUACGCGGCAUGGCAUGAGAGUGCUGCAGCCGUCGCUCAGAUUCGAGUCGCGGUGUUUAACGGAGUCGAUGCAACACCCACGUGGACAUUUGUUGAUGGGAAUCAGAACGCACGAGGGUUAAAUUACGCCGCCGCUCAAUCCGCUCAGAACGUGCGUUUGUGCUCCUGCGCUUCCAAGGGCAGCUCUACAAGAGUUCUGUAUGCUGCUUGGUCGGAAACAGCCACAACAACCGGUACAACACAGAUUCGAGUCGCCGGUCAAACCGGUACAGACGCUCUUCCAACGUGGACAUUCAUCGAUGGUAAUGGGGCGACGGGACUCAACGUCGACACCCAAAAAGUAGCCAAGUUACCGUCCAUCCAGUGUGUUGGAGGCUCUAACGUUGUCGUCGCCUGGCAGGAGGCCACUGCUACUACCGGGUGGGUGAUUUUUGUGAAGUUAUUCAAUGGAGACUUGACGACGCCGCAGUGGAGUCGACUGGACAGUGGAAAUGGAUUGAACGUUGACUCCACCCUGGCGGCGCAAAACGUGAAACUUGCCGUCCAGUUGCUUGGGACGACGGAGACGUUAUUCGCGACGUGGGAUGAAAUGGACAGCAGCAACACGGCGACUCAAAUCCGCGUCGCGAAGCUUUCAACUGGAACAACCGCUUCCUGGAAGUUCUUGGACAGCAGUAACAAGUUGUCGGCGAUAAACGAUGAUGUAACGCAUUCUGCUUCUCGGCCCAUUCUCGAAGUGUAUUCGAACGGCAAGACCCACGUGAGAAGCAGCGUGUUGCCUGAUUCGGUCAGAGAGUGGCAGCCGAUAAACCAAGGUUGCAUCCUCCGCAAGUCGACCACCUCGACAACAGCAGCGAACUUGCUACUUCCGGAAAUGAACACGCCAGGAUCCCUAGAAUUUGGCCACUCGAUUCAAGUUGAAACGUCGAAACCUGUCGUGGAAAGUGUAUCGCUGGCGGGGGAUAUCUACUCUUCAAUUACGUCUGUGAAUACCGUACAGACCAUCGAUGUGUUCAACGCCGCAAGCAUCACGCAAGGCGAGUACAAACUCAUCUACGGUGACACGAUGGAAACGCCGUGCAUCAGCUGGAAUGCCCCCGCAACUGGUACAAACUCCAUGCAGUCUGCUCUCCAGUCCAUUGCUGGAUUAGCUCUCCAAGUUGCAGUCACGAAGGAUUCGGCUGCUUUCCACGACGGAUAUCGCUACACCAUCACGUUCACAUUCCCGUCCAUGGGGUUGCUGCCUCUCCAGGUCAAAACCGCGCCCGAUUCCAAAUGCAAGAAGUUCACUUGCAAUGCCGCCACUGCCCGACUCCCGUGCAACCUCGGCCUCGUUCAACCGAACCAAAACUCGGACAUUCGGACAGCCGCCGGCGUUGUGGAUGCCGUCGUACGCUUCUCCUUUCCCGUAGUCGUUCCAACUGGAACCCCAAAACUUAGUAUUGACACGGGGAGCACAGUGCGAGACGCCUCGUACACGACACGAAGCGCGUUGCAGGAGUUUGACGUGGGGAUCAACAUGGCUAGCUCGGUGCUCAGUGGGGGUAUCCGUUUGUCGUACGGUGACUUCAGUACCGGUGUCGGCGUGGGGGCGGUCUCCACGACUGACUGCAUCCAACUACUGCCGAACGAUGACGACGCCGUACAGGAGAUGAUCUCCAAGUUGGAGGCGAUUGAUGUGAUCUACACGAUCGGGAUCAAGUCGGUGUCAAGACGGAAGCUGCGCAACGGCUAUCGCUAUGCAGUCGAGUUCCGCAACAGUGGGGACAUGUUAGACUUGGUCUCCGCAGACUCGUCAAGUUGUCCGGCAGUAGCUGGAAGCAUCCAGACGAUCGAAAUCACCGCUUCCUCUCAGAUAUUAAGCGGCGAGAUCAAGAUUCAGCUUGGCGACGUCAAGAGCGGCUGCAUCCCCUGGAAUAUCCGCGCUUCAGGCCACACGAACUCGAUGCAGACAACGCUAACGAAUCUGGAGAGCGACCGCGUGAUCCCAGUGCAAGUUGUGAAAGACCCGUCAGCAUACGCGAAUGGAGCCAAAUACUACGUCAGUUUCUCAGCUCCAGUCGACGCGAAGAAGCCCCUCCUUGCCUUCACGGACGCAGGCUGUGCGGCGUUUACUUGCAAAGACGCCAACGGAGCUGCUGCCGCUUGUUCCGGUCUCUCUGUCAAGUCAAACGCGGACUUCCGCGUCACUCGAGCAGCCUCUGAAGCCAUUUCGUUCCGUUACCUCGUCCAGUCCAGCGACGAAGCUAAGUCUCUUACGUAUAAGAGCACGACGUCAUUAGCGGGGACAAUCCUCCGGUCGUCCAUGACUCCGACAUUAGCUGCGACCUUGACUCUCCCACCCCCUCCCGUGGCGCUGCUAUCUCAAGACGGAACUGCGUCCAUGUCUGUUGUCAGAUCGGAUCAAAUACCCGUCGCCUCUCGAGUGUAUUCAUCCACACUGGCCGAUACGUACACAGCUGGAGAUGUGGUGAUAAUCCUGGUCGAGUUCUCGGAGAGAGUGACAGUCGAGGGAGAACCCAUUUUGGAGCUGGAUUCCAACGGAGAAGCCUUCUACACGUCUGGCAGCGGCACCAAAGUGCUGACGUUUUACUACGAAGUGCAGGCGGGGGACACGUCGACCGACUUGAACUAUGCGUCCACCACAGCGGUGCGGACGUUCACAGCGCCAGUCUCGAAGAUCCGAUGCGCUGCGUGCUCUGGGUCUGGCGUUGACGCGGAUAUCACACUUCCGCCAUUGGCUAGUGGUGCGAGUCUAGCGGGGAACAACGCGUUGGUUAUCGACACCACAACGCCAAGUGUUGUUCAGGUGUCCUCCAGUCGAGCAGAUUCCCCAGUGGGGGGCGUUGGCUAUGGCCCCGGAGAUAUCGUGGACGUCAUCGUGACCUUUUCGACUGAUGUUACCGUAUCAGGAUCUCCAUCGUUGGCUCUAAACUCUGGGGGGACAGCAACGUUCACAUACGCAGGGUAUCGUCAGCUUCUGGACAUUGGGGUGGACGCUGCCGUACCGAUUACGUCUGGACAGUUCGCGAUCACUUACAACGGUGAAAUGUCCGGGUGUAUUGACUAUGACGACGCUGAUAGUGCUGCAGAUACGUCACUGAAGUCGCAGCUCUUGGCGUUCAACGCCAUCGCCCGCAUUGGCGUUGUAUCCGUCACCAAGACCACGAGGAAGAAUGGCAAUCGGUUCGAGGUCGUCUUCGACUCGACCAAGGUGGUGGACGUGCCUCUCGCUAUCGAGUUGACAGUGUCGGACAUGUGUGACCCCCUCCAGCCAUCGUCAGCCGCACAAGAGGCGCUCACAUCGAGGAGUAUGGAUAGCAAGGUCGUAUUCCACUAUACUGUCGGAGCGGGGGAGUCGGCGACGGCCCUCACCGUCGUAAGCAGCAGCAUUUCGCUCGCGGGGGGCACUGCGUCUAUCCUGCGUCAGUCUGUAACGCCCUCGAUUGCAGCGAGUGUCGCCUUGCCACUAUCCACAGCCCCGCAGAAUCCGGCUCAGACGAAGACGCUGAAGGUUGAUGGAACUCCAGCGGCUAUCACCGCUAUCGUGUCGGACUCAGCCCCAGACACGUACGGCGUUGGCUUUCCAUCGGUCGCGAGUCCGAGUACCGUGGCGCCAGGUGAGAUCCUCUUCCACCUCGUGUUCUCCCGUCCUGUAUCGGUGGUUGGUUCCCCCACUGUGGAGUUAGCGACGGGUUCCUUGCGUCCAAGUGGGGAGUCGAUCCCCAACCGGUUCGCCAAGUUCGUGAACCAGCCGCAGCCCAACCAGGUCGCGUUCCUGUACCACAUCCAGGAGAACGACUUCAGCGCCAACCUCGCCUUCCCGAACGUCAAUGUCCUCAACGGCGCCAGUAUUUACUGCGUGACGUCCACGAUGUCCGUUCGAGCGACGCUGACGCUCCCGAGACUAACGAUCGCGAGUGUCAACUCGGUGAUUAAAAUUGACGCGUACUCGGUCCCUGCGACGGUGAAGCUAGCGUCGCCCCGCGAGGACGGAGUGUACGGAGCUGGAGAGCUCAUCGAGAUCCAAGUGACGUUCUCCAAGCCGGUGGUGCUGCUUUCCGGACUAAACCGGAAUCAGGAUUGGCACGCGCGAUACCCCGUCGAGCUGGAGUUCCAGAACAAAAUCUUCAUGAUGUGGACGGAGCGCGACGACAUGCACAAUCCAACUAAGAGCUGCUUGUAUCUACGAGUAUUCUCCAGCGCUACGCUGGAUGUGGUGACUACGACGUCCGUUUCUGCUAUCAACCGCGUGCCGAACACGUUCAUCGAGAAGGUUGCCAUGACGGUGUGGAAGGACGCUCUGUACGCUGCGUGGGAUGAAGGGGGCUUGAUCUACUGCGCAGUGUACGAAGGCCUCACGUCGACGCUUCCGUGGACUUUGAUUCCCAACAUGGGGGCCAACAAGAACUUGGCCAUGGCUGCGAGUGACCCGGUGCUGGUCGUGUACAACCUCGAGCUGGUUAUGAUCUGGCGAGAGAAGUCCCUCCCGGCAGGCAGCAGCUCCUUAGUCGGUCAGAUCCGAGUGGCAGUUCGAAACGAUGACAACGAUGCUCCGUUGUGGAUUUUCCACGACGGUAACCAGCCUGACACGGGGCUUAAUAAGGACCCGCUCAAGGACGCGGAUGACCCGGUGUCGGUGGUUUAUCGAGGGAGGAUGUACGUGUCUUGGUCCGAGAUGAAUGACGCGGGUGCGUAUGAAAUUGUGAUCGCUAGACGCAACAUCCAGACGAGGGAUUAUUCCACGUGGACGUACCUGGACGCGCUCCCGUCCACUCGCCCAGCUUAUAGCUUUUUAUCUGCAUACAGUCCUCAGUUCGCUGUUCGACGCAGGGGCAUUGAAGACAUGGCUUUGCUCAUCUCGUGGUACCGCGACACUGUAACCAGCAACGUCUCGGAAGUGAUCACCGGUCAAGUGCUCGACCUGGACUGGGAGGCUUCGGUGACGGGGAGUAUCCCUCAAACCAUCAGCGCUGCGGAGGCGAACACGACGGUCGAUGACGUGAACCCCAACACCGUUAAGCAACAGUUUGUGACGUGUGGAGAUAACGUUUAUUCGUCGUGGCUAGACCUGGAGGGCAGCGACUCAUCCGCUGCUUACGUCGUGAAGCUCGCUGCACUUCCGAUCGGCGCUGACGUGUACACCGGGUGGACUCCUGCGGCAAACCAGAGCAACUUAAACCACAACCCGAAGCGCGAUGCCAUCGACUCGUCGUUGCUGUGCUCCACUGCUUCGGACGGCACGCGUCGUGCUGGAAUUGUGUGGACGGAGUACGACGGGUAUUCUAUCAAGCUCCGGUUUCGUCACUAUUUAGCAGUACCGAGAACGCCUGGAACGAAUUCAACGACGUACGGCGAGAGCAUAGCAGGAGCCCCAAUACUUAUGCUGGCGACGCAAUCGAACCCUCUGGGAUAUGCUGCGUGUAUCGACAAGAGCGGGUUCACCACCACGAUAUUGUCCUUCACGUACAUAGUUCAGCCGGGGGAGUCUUCUCCACAGCUGGAAAUCCUAGGGAAUGACGCGUUAAAGCUCAAUGGGGCCGUGAUCCGCGACGUAUACGGGCAGGAUCCAGACUUUACGUUGUUCCCGGACGCUGCGAACCUGCGAAGCUUGAGCUACAACAACAAACUGGUGAUCGACACGACGCCGCCGACUGUGUUGAGUGUGACGUCCAAAACCCCGUCGGGAGAGUACGGUGUCGGGCAACUUCUGGAGUUUUUGGUCACUUUCUCACACCCUGUGGCGGUUAUCGAAGGCGACGCUGCAAGUCCCCCCACGCUCUCGCUGCGUACGGAUGAGCUCCAUUUAUUGACGAGCUCGCAGGGCGUUGCUACCUAUGCAGGAGGCUCUGGCUCGGAAAUUUUGGUGUUUGAGUACGUUUCAGGCCCGCAAGAUUACUGCGAAGGCCUCGACUAUAUGAAUACAGCAUCACUCGCCCUCAAUGGCAGCACUUGGGCGAUCAAGCGGAACGCUACACGCCCAGUGACAGACGCUAUACUCACUCUACCACCUCCAAAGUCGGCCAAUUCAUUGAGUGGGGGCGCCACAAUCGCGAUCAAACCAACGCAACCGAGCGUCACCAGCGUGACUUCUUCCACGCCUGAUGGGACGUACUACCCGGGCGACUCGGUUCUAGUCGACGUCAUGUUUUCGUUACCUGUCGUCGUGUUUGGAUUCCCUGUUCUACUGCUAGAGACGGGUGGAGAUUCGCCCACUCGAGCUCCACUCGCAUCCGGCAACGGCACCGCCAAGCUCACGUUCAAGUACUAUAUUCAAAUCGGAGACACUAGCGCCCGGUUGGACGUGCUAGACGACCGUGUUGGAGACGACCAGGCGUACUUUGUCAUGUCGUUACAGCUGGCCGGGUACUCGGAAAUUAUGCGAGCGUCCACGAACCCAGGUACUACUGCAGUGACAGCAUUACCGGCCCCUGGGUUAGUGGGAUCGCUGUCUGCCACCAAAAACAUCGUGAUAGACUCGACAGUUCCUGCCGUUGUGGACAUUCGCUCGCCUGCUGUGGACGGAACCUACGAUAUUGGCGAACAGAUCGACGUAUUACUCGUAUUUUCUCGAAAGGUGGUGGUGAUUGGGACCCCUGAGCUUGUAUUGAAUGUUCCUUCGGAGUACGCGCGUACGGCUGUGUAUUCUGAUGGCUCGGGGACGAACAUCCUUCGGUUCUCGUACUUCCCGAAGGAAGGCGACAACUCCCGCAACGCUCCGUUGGAUAUUCUGGACGAGCACUCGCUAAUCCUCCGACCGCUUCUCGCUGGAAUGGAAUUUCUGCAGAACCCCGCGCAAAUAAUCUGUCAAUCAUCCAAACCGAUUUUACCAGCAAAUCUCGAGCUGCCGGUGCCUGGAGUUGCAGUGCGAGCUGAUGCUGUGCUGAGUCUUGUGGGGAACAACCGGAAAAUCUUCGUCCGAACGGAUGGUUUUCGCGUAAAAUCCCUUGAGGCGGAUGUUCCGAGUGGCGAGUAUUCUGUGGGCCAACGAAUCGUCAUUUCAGUGUUGUUCAGCGGUUCUACCGUCGUACAAGGACCCCCUCGCCUCAAGCUAAAUGCAAACACAGCCACGUACGCGACGUACGUCGAAGGAACUGGGACAUCGCGGCUGCAAUUCGAGUAUAUUGUGGCGACAGGGGAUAGUUACUCGGUACUUGAGGCUGCGUCUCGUACGGCGCUGGAACUUAAUGGUGGUGUGAUCUCAGAUAGUGAGGGGAUAUACGUGCCUUUACGCCUCGCAGCGCCAUCCAAACCUGGCAGUUUAUCGGCCAAGUAUCAGAUCCAGAUCACUUCAACUCCACCGACUGUGAAGCGGGUCUACUGCAAGGAUAGUGAUGGUACUUAUGGUGUCGGGGAUACGCUACAUUUCGCUGUGGAGUUCUCUCGGAAGGUUGUACUCGGCAGCCCUCAGGUGGGGCCUCUGCCCUCUCUAUCGCUUCAUUUCGAUGGAGGCUCACGGGCGGCUACGUACGUUUCCGGCGACAAAACGAGUACUAUUGCGUUCACUCUUCUCAUAGCGAACGGAGAUUCGUCAUCGCGACUGGAAUAUGCCGGUCAAAAUGCUUUAACCGGCACCAUCUUCGCGCUGUCCACUACCCCUACAACCGCAGUCAACCUGGCACUGCCAAUUCCCGGUCAAGAUGGAAGUUUGUCGGCUUCUUCUGCCAUUGGAGUGACGUCAACUCCCCCAUCAGUUGUAGACGUUCACGCUGAGACUCGCGACGGGACCUACGGCCUCUCCGACAAGAUCCAGCUGCACGUGCGCUUCUCUUUUCCCGUUUUUGUCAGCGCUGCGGCUGCAGCCUCCUGUGCCCUGACACUUUUUGUGGGGGACGUCGAGCUCCGAAAAGCGUCCUACAUCGGUGGGUCUACCACGACUCAGUUGAGUUUUACGUACAUUGUGGGGCCCGGAGAUCACUCCGCGCGACUGGAUUACGCAGCGGCAACUAGCCUUCAGUGUUUAAUCCUCCAGUCGACUGCAGUGCCAACGCUCCAAGCUUCAAACACGCUCCCAUUGCCCGGAUCAAAGGGCAGUCUCGGGUUUUCGUCUGCUCUGAGAAUUGACGCGGCGUCGCCACGGGUUACGUCUGUUUCGUCUGGACUUACGAACGGCGUCUACGGCGCCGGACAGCUCAUCGACGUCCUCGUCACCUUUUCAGAAGCUGUACUCGUUCCAAACGGGGCUGCUCCUAGAUUGAGACUCGCGGUGGCGUCCAAUACCCCCGUGAAUGCUCUACUCUCCAGUACAGCCGAGCCGUUCGCUACGUACACUGGCGGGUCUGGAACUAGUGUGCUGAAAUUCACGUACACAGCUCGGGAGGGUGACAUGGCGUUGCCGUUGGAAUACGCUGGUGUCGACGCGCUCUCAAUGUCGUCUCCUCGACUGCAAUUGACUGCAGCGGCGAAUGAAUUAAGGCAAUACCGCUUUGCGUCGCUGAGGUUGCCAGUUCCAGGGGCCACUGGGAGUUUGAGCAACAACCGGGACAUCCACAUCGAUACACUGGAACCUCCACGCGUUUUAAGUGUGGGGUCACCAAUGACCGAUGGAGUUUACACUGCAGGAGACACGAUCACCAUCUCUGUGACGUUCUCAGCCCCCGUGACUGUAGCGGGCCCAAAGCCUACGCUGCUGCUUGUCACGGGCAAUCCCGCUACGGACGAUUCUGGGAAGAAAGCUGUCUACGUGUCUGGAUCUGGCACUGCCGUUCUGUUGUUCGAGUACCAGGCUCAGACUGGAGAUCACGUCGACCGACUGGAAUACAAGCCGUGUCCACUGGCUGAACGAAUCACCUCAGUGUUGAAGAAGUGGGAUAAACUCGUCAUUUGCUCGAGCUCAGCGAACGCGUUACAGUUGGGAGACAUUGGUGGUAGCAUCAAGCGCUCUUCGACUGUUCCCAUGACGGACGCUGUAUUGGACCUCCCGGAGGUGAACGACUGGGCAGAGGUUCGCUUCGACACGACGAGUGACGACGUUAUCUACGUCCCCCAAGUCGAACCGACUACGGGUAUCGCGAAAGAGGAGUUAACGUUGAUCCCACCACUCGUGAACGAGUUCAGUAUCUCUCAGCAACGAGUGGCGAUCAACAUCUACAGCAACGGAAUCCCGGACCACUCAACCACGCUGCGUGAUCGCGUCAAGGAACAAAAGUACUUCAUCGAGCUCCAGCGGUUCCCGACACUGCAGAGUCAACCAUUGAAUCUAUCGCACGUACCUGACGCGUUCAGCGGGAUCUUCCUCAACGGGAUACUGUUCAAGCACAGCAACAACAGCGUACAAGCCACAGACGACUGCGGUGGAGCAAUCGACCCUGAUGGCUACUACUUCUACGUCGACCUCCCUACGUGCUACCUUGCAGCAGCAAACGAGCCACGUCAACCAGCUCCAGGAUCUACCACUCGACCUCCAUCCGUGGUCGUCGGGUAUGCACUGGAUGGGUUCCCUAUCUACAGCUACUACGAUGAGAACGGGGAGCUACCAAGUGACUUGGACGAAUGCAACGGACGCUUCCGGCAGAAUGGACAGUAUGCUUACCACCUGCUGCCGCCGGAGACCUCGUCCUCGCCGUUCAUGCCUUGCCUAAAGGGAAUUGACGCGACAUCUGCAUUAUCCGCGCUCUCUGUCUUCCGCUACCCAGCAGAUAUCUCGGCCGUGGAGGGUUUGUCCCUGUCCGACUUGAUCAAGUUCGACAGCUUCGUUAUCGACGAGAACCCUGCCCCACUUCACGCCGAAGCGUGGCUCAACCCCGAGGGAAUGUCCGUAGUGUACACGUCAACCACUGUGAUCGUCCGGAGUACGGGCGUCCCUCCCGCUAGCAGCAGCUUUGGGCCCUUCCCGAAUGCGUACAACCGCUACAGCGUCUUCGAGCAGGACUAUGUCUUCCAGUUCCCGCGAAACCCGGUGGUGAGUCCCACGACGACGUCGCUCCCAGUCGAUACGCCAAUUGGCGUAAUGGUGAACGGUGUGCCGUUCUACUCCGCCACCUCCGCCAUCUACGGAGGCAGUGUGCUCAACAGCAAGAACCCAGCCUACGUGUUGCUGGACAAAUGCAACGGACUCGUGGAUGCCGGUGGCGACUACAGAUACUACGCGUCUCCAGACUGUCUGCUCCAGGAGCUUGGCGAUACGGUCGGUCAACCCUCGCCUUUGGUGGGCUUUGCGUUCGAUGGGUUCCCUCUCUAUGGGCCGUACGCCGAGAACGGCCAAGCACCCACUGAUCUCGACGCCUGCAAUGGACGAGUAGGAGACGACGGCACCUAUCGAUACCACGUGACAAUGGGCGCGCCCUACUUGCUCGGGUGUUUCCGCGGCAUUCCUUCGAUCGACCAGACCAGUCGUGACGCGGCGACGGACUUGUACCGAAGUCUGAGCUACGCGCACGCGCUGCGUCUCAAUACGGACCGUCCUCACGUAGCGCACGUGUACACUAACAAACGCCCUGGCAAGUACGUGGCUGGAGAGAGCGUCGAUGUGGUCGUGGAGUGGUCGACACCUGUGAAGGUGGACACGGCGGGCGGAGUGCCGUCUCUCUUGAUCCAGAACUCAACGCGAGCAGCCACGUACGAUGCAACUCGUAGCACAGCGACGCAGUCUGUGUUCCUCUUCACAGUUAGAGGGGACGACGCCAUGAUCGACGAGUUCUCGUACAAUUCCGACGUCGCCAUCAAGUUGAACGGAGGGCGGAUCACGCGGCUCGCUAAGGCUCCCGUGCUGGACGCGGACUUGGGCCUCGUACCGGCAGACCUGGACGACGCCGAAUUAAUCCGUACCAGGACGGCAGGGCUCAUAUCAAAGUUCCAACUCGUGCGUGAGUUGCGCGUGGAGCUCCGCGGGUUAUAUCACCCCAGGGCGCAAGACCUACGAGCUCGCAUCUUCCACGGCUACCGCGAGAGCACCAUCUUCGAUGGCUGCUGCGCAACGCGCGACGCCUUUGGCAUUCCUGACGUCCCGGACGUGCUGACCAACCGCGCGCAGGUCGCUUCAGAGCCGCGUAACCCGACGAGCGGCGUUGGGUGGGACUACAGCUUCCGAGACUUCGAUGGCGUCAAGAACUUGGCGCUGGAUGGAGGCGCGACGGCGCUGCAGAGCUCGAUAAGCGGCACGUGCGGACCCAUGAACGCCAUCGACGGUAAGAUACGCAACGUAGUGGUGUCCACGCAAACGGUAGCGCGGACGCUCCCUGCGAAUGAAGCGAACGAGUCUGCGUGGUGGGAGCUGCGCCUUGUCGACCUCUCCACCAUCGGAACAGUUCGUAUCUGGUUGGCGAACGAUGACCCCAGUGUCCUUGAGGUCACGUUCCCGUUCUGGGUCAUGCUCUUCGACGGCCCCGCCGUGAUGGACGUCGAGAGCUUCGCGGACGCGUACGCGCGUGCCAUUUUCCUGUACCGCGUAGAAUCGAGGCAAGCGAACCACAGCGUCAUUUCGGUCGUCCCUCCUCUCGGUACCAAGGCGCAGUACGUGCGAAUCGUAGCAGAGAAGUCGCGCGGGGUCAUAUCGCUCGCUGAAGUCGAAGUGUUUGCAGAGCAGAACUACGUGCUGUCGCAGUACGCCGGCGGCACCCCAGUACGCACCGCGUACCAUCCAGGAGGCAAGACGUGGUCGCCUGAGGAGCCUUUCCGGUACGCGUUUGGUGCGAUGCCCAGCGAAGGCGCUUGGAUUCUUGCCAUCGAGGAUAAGGCGGUUAACGGGAGCAACCUGCCGUUGCCGAGGUCGAACGCUACAGCAGGAGGCAUCUCAGACUGGGUGAUCGACAUCACCAACCAAGCGGGAGAAACCGUGUCCUACUACAUGGACUUCCAGGCGCAAGUGCACGCCCUCCCGAGGCACGGGACGCUGUAUGUGUCGCUGGAUGAGACCGAGCGUGACCACCUUGACAUCGACGGCAAUGGCAUAUUGGAUUCCAUGGAGGCCGACGCCUACCUCCGACGGUACUCGCCGAACAACUACAUUGAUCUCCCCACAAACAAUCGAGAGCGGGAGCUGAAAGAAUUCCUGCUGAGUUACGAGGAAUACGGAGGCGUGCAAGUGCUGCGCGACCCCAGCGAGCGGCAACUGCGGCUUCCGUCAUUGGUGUGUGACGCUGCGUGCCUCGCUGCUAUCAAGAUGGACUCGUACUUCUAUGUGGGGCUCGAAGGGGACAAGGCGAUGAAGCUGCUGCGUGUAGUGGGCGAUCGGGUGGUCAAGUAUGUUCCAGAUACUGGGUUCCGCGGAGUGGACGCCUUCACGUUCUCCGUGGCCGUCACGGGGCAGGAGUCCCGCGUCUUCGGAACAAUUCGACUCACGGUGAAGGAAUGCGAAGACCCCGAGUGCCGCAUGUCCAGCUUUCUGCUGCAUCGGAGCACGAGAUGA